CCAUCCGGCCAGAAUCCUCCGAGGCCCCAUGACCAUCACGGUCAAUAACCACAUCCUCAUUCCCAGGCCUCACCCCCAGCCCUGGGGGGGGUCAGCGUCCCUCUCCUGGCACCUCCCUGGGCACAAGCGCUCAUUUAAAGACAUUGAGACUCGAGAGGCUGGCGUGCAAGCCACCACUAUGAGGUCGUCGAGAAUGAGCCCGUCUGUCCCGCCGUCCGUUUGUCCCGCCCUCCGGAGUCCCGAGGCCGCGGUCAGGGAAUGAGGGUCCCGGGGUGGACAUGGAGCCUCUGCCCGGCUGGGGGCCACCCCCCUGCAGCCCGGCGCCCGCGGCUGACGCCCUGAGGCUGGCCCUGAGCCUCCUCCUUCUGAGAGCCCUGCCCUGCUCACUGGCGAUGCCCUCGUGCAAAGAGGAGGAGUUCCCGACGGGGGCCAUGUGCUGCCCCAAGUGCAGGCCAGGCUACCGGGUGAAGGAGGCCUGCGGGGAGUUCACGGGCACAAUGUGUGUGGCCUGCACCCGGGGCACCUACACUGCCCACCUCAACGGCCUGUCCGAGUGUCUGCCGUGCCGCGUCAGUGACCCAGGCCUGGGCCAGGUGACCAGACGGAACUGCUCCACCCGGACCAACACCGUGUGCGGCUGCAGGUGCGGCCACUUCUGUGAGCGACAGGACGGGGACUCCUGCGUCCAGUGCAGGCCCCACAGUGUCUGCCGCCCGGGCCAGAGGGUGCGGGAGACAGGCACCGAGUGGCAGGACACGCUGUGUGAAGACUGCCAGCCGGGCACCUUCUCUGCGGGGGGCACCCAGGCAGCCUGCACGCCCUGGACCAGGUGCAGUGGCCCAUUUGCCUGGGAAGCGACUCCUGGGACCAACAGCUCAGACGUGACAUGCUCCUCCGGCCCCGUCACCAUCAUCAUCGUCAGCGUCAUCCUCGUCAUCGCUGUCAUUUCUGUGCCACUUGUGCUCAGGGCCAUCAGGAACAGAAGGUCACGUGGAAAACUCGCCUUUCCUCGGGUAUGGCUGCCUGUCCCCACCCUCGCAGGGACAGGGGAGCCGACAGAAAGGAACAGGCGUCGGGACCUGCAGGCCUCCCGGGUCCAGCCAGACAUCACCACGGAGCCCGUGGAGGAGACAGCAUCCCUGUUCCCUCAGAGGGACCCGCCACCUGACACAGGGCAGCGGGAUGCAGACGCCUGAGCCAUCCCCCCGAGGCUGCGGGCAGUGGCCAGGCCCCCUCGGACCAGCUACGGGGUCAGGGAGCCGCGGGACCCCCUCCUGGAGGCCAGCACGUCUCUGGCUGAGGAGGAGACCUGCUGCACCGGGCGCUUGGGCCCCCCCGCGUCCCCCCACCGGGUGCCUGAGGUGCCUGACCUCCCCCUCCUGACCCAGCGUGUGAGGCCCUGGCCCAGGGCGCUCCUGCCCCCACCCGCCGCCCCGGCCCUGAGCUCAGCUGCAGGACGGGCCUCAGCCUCCUCCUGGGCUGGGACUGGGAGGGGGUCAUGUCUGUACAUCACAUGACUCACAGUCUGGGAAGCCAUUUCCAACUGGCAAUUUUAUAUGUUUAUAAUUUUUAUUAUUAAUAAAAUACCUUAGACAAGAUGCUCUGAGGGCAGGUCAGUCUCCGGUUCCGGGUCAGAGAAACCCUGAGACGUGACUCGUGGAGCUGAGCGAGUUUGGGGAGAGACCUCAGCCUGUGAGCACGUUCCACUUCUCACCUGCACUUACCACUGAUUGUCUCCAUGACCAACCACUCACUGGAAGGAGGCCCUGUCCUCAGGUGUCAUUCACUCACCCACCCAUUCACCC